UCACAAUAAUCUGCGUAGGUGAUUUUUUCGUUGAUUUACAGUUCGACAGUGAUUGGACUAUCAGAUAUCUAAUAAUUGAUAGCCAAAUAAAUUCAUCUAGGCCACAAAAACAAAUGAACAAAAUGUUAAAUAUAUUUUUCUCUGUUUCUUAUUGGCUCUCGUAAAUUGGCCUUUGUAAGUGACCUUCAAAAACGUGGGCGAGAACAAAACCACGCUUCUGUUCCUAUUCUGUGACAUAACGUGUGUCUAGAGUAAUAAAAACUGAAAUAAUUUCUCUCCAGAGUCCUGACUGCACAUUGUGGAUUAGUCCGUCGUAGAACGUAUGAUAAAUAUGGAUGCAUUCGUAGAAGCGUUUUUCGCCAUAGAUCAAGAUCGUUCAGAAACUAUCACAAUAGAUGAGUUACAAACAUAUAUGGUGAAAAAUGAUAUGGAUCCUGCUUUUAUAGCGAGAUGGCAAGAAUUAUUCGAUCCUCAAAAGACAGGCAUAAUUACACUUUCAAAAUUUUGUGAUGUAUUAGGAUUGGAACUGGAGGCUUUACGAUUCAAAUAUGUUGAACAAGAAGAAUUAAAGGUGGCAACAGAUUUACAUUCUUCACUGGAAAAUGUACAUAAACUUCAAGAGAACGGUCAAACGAAUAAUAACGUAAAUAAUACAAAUAGUGCAAACAAUGGAUUAUCAAAUGAAUUAAUCAAGUCAACUGAUUAUCAAGAGAUCUCUGGUGAUAUGCCAGCAGAAUUGAAAGAGACAAUCUUUGCCAUAGUUACAGAAGGUGAAGAUAUAUAUAACAACAAUGAUAAAGAACUAGUUAAAUGGAUCAAAUUACGUUUGGACAAGCAUUAUAAACGUUUAUGGCAUUGUGUAAUUGUACGAGGUCAAUAUUCAUCAUUCUAUUCGUAUCAACCAGGUUAUUCAUUUUGUUUCCGUCAUGGACCACGUGUUUUUCUAUUGUUUAAAACACCGAAUACUUAAACAAAAUUAUUAUUUGUGUGUUUUGCUUGUGUAUUUCUAAUCGUUUUUACAUAUCAUCAUUGAAACUAUUUAACCACCUAUACAUUCUUAGCAACGACAACAAAUUGAACAGGAUAUAGAAUAAAACAUAUCGAUUCUACCGGGAGGAAACAUUUCAAGUCAAUAUUCAAUUACCAUUUAUUUUAAUGCAGUUGUAUAAGUUAAAACAAAAGAAAACCUUCGCUCCUAACCCAGCUGUAAUUCUUUGAUCUUUUUUUUUUAACACUGAAUUUAUUUUUUUUCCCAGUUAUAACUUGGGUUGUUACGUUUUACAUGUUAUACUGUGCUUAGCAUAAUUUUCAUGGAAUAUCCCAGAAUUGAUGGAUU